AUGAGCGGCAGAGUCGGCGAUCUGAGCCCCAAGCAGAAGGAGGCGCUGGCCAAGUUUCGGGAGAAUGUCCAGGAUGUGCUGCCCACUCUGCCAAAUCCAGAUGACUAUUUUCUCCUGCGCUGGCUCCGAGCUAGAAACUUUGACCUGCAGAAGUCCGAAGCCAUGCUCCGGAAGCACGUGGAGUUCCGAAAGCAAAAGGACAUUGACAACAUCAUGAGCUGGCAGCCUCCAGAGGUGGUCCAACAGUAUCUGUCAGGGGGCAUGUGUGGCUAUGACCUGGAUGGCUGCCCCGUCUGGUACGAUGUCAUUGGACCUCUGGAUGCCAAGGGUCUGCUCCUCUCAGCCACCAAACAGGACUUGCUCAAGACCAAGAUGCGGGACUGUGAGCGGCUUCUUCAGGAGUGUGUCCGCCAGACCGAAAAGAUGGGGAAGAAGGUGGAGACAGUCACCCUGAUUUAUGACUGCGAGGGUCUUGGCCUCAAGCAUCUCUGGAAGCCUGCGGUGGAGGCCUAUGGAGAGUUUCUCUGCAUGUUUGAGGAAAACUAUCCUGAGACACUGAAGCGCCUUUUUGUUGUUAAAGCCCCCAAGCUGUUUCCUGUGGCCUAUAACCUCAUCAAGCCCUUCCUGAGUGAGGACACUCGCAAGAAGAUCAUGGUCCUGGGGGCAAACUGGAAGGAGGUUUUACUGAAAUAUAUCAGCCCUGACCAGCUGCCUAUGGAGUAUGGGGGUACCAUGACUGAUUCUGAUGGAGACCCCAAGUGCAAAUCCAAGAUUAACUACGGGGGUGACAUUCCGAAGAAGUAUUAUGUGCGAGAUCAAGUGAAACAGCAGUAUGAGCACAGUGUGCAGAUUUCUCGUGGCUCCUCCCACCAAGUGGAGUAUGAGAUCCUCUUCCCUGGCUGUGUCCUCAGGUGGCAGUUCAUGUCAGAUGGUUCAGACAUCGGUUUUGGGAUUUUCCUGAAGACCAAAAUGGGGGAGCGGCAGCGGGCAGGGGAGAUGACGGAGGUGCUUUCCAACCAGAGGUACAAUGCCCACCUGGUCCCUGAGGAUGGGACCCUCACCUGCAGCGAUCCUGGCAUCUAUGUCCUGCGGUUUGACAAUACCUACAGCUUCAUUCAUGCCAAGAAGGUCAGUUUCACUGUGGAGGUCCUGCUUCCAGACAAAGCCUCAGAAGAGAAGAUGAAACAGCUGGGGGCAGUCACCCCAAAGUAA